AUGAAGCGUUUCGCCCGCACAAUGAGAAAGUGCUUUGGAGGACGCCGCCGCCGCAACCGCCGCAACCGCAACGUUGACUCGGAUUCACCAGCACUCCCCCUAGCUGAAGUGGCCCCGAGGCCAGCCCAAUCGCCAAAGCCAGGUCAAUCCCCAAAGCCAGGUCAAGCCCCAAAGCCAGGUCAAGCCCCAAAGCCAGGUCAAGCUCCAAAGCCUGCUAAACCCACAAAGCCUGUUAAACCUACAAAGCCUGCUAAACCCACAAAGCCUGCUAAACCUCAGCAAGAGGCCGUCAGCGACAAUGAAGGUAGCGUCAGCGACAAUCAAGAUGCCGAUACUGGCGAUGAAUUAUUGAACUACCCCCUCGAAGAUUUAUUGUCCUACGCUUCUAGUUAUCCGCUCCUACCAGCUGAGCGUUCCGAUGAAGGUUCAAGUGAGUCAUCCGGUGAUAUCUUGUGGAUCGGUCAGUUGUCAUCCUCGGCUGGCCGGUCUCGGGGUCAAAUUGAACAAGCAUCCUCGCCUGCGGCCCAAUCUCAGGAAUCAAUUGAACGAGCAUCCUCACCUGCGGCCCCGUAUCAGGAUCCAAUCGAACAAUACUCCUCAUCUGCGGCCCAGUAUGAGGCUCAACUUGUACAAGGGAGCCUCUGGCAGGACCCGCCUGCCAGCUCAUCUGGGACGCCGGGGUUCCAGCACGCUGAGGACCUAGAUCAGCUGUCGAGUCUACAUCCCUCUUCUAAGCCGCAUCUUGGGACCAUCAAGUAUUGCACCAGUUGGCGGUUCCAGUUCGUCCCCUUCAACACGUCGGAUGACUUGUAUGACACGCCUUCCGCAGCGACACUCAACCAAUACAGAACAACAGGAGCUCAACUACAAGCUUGGUUAGAAGACCCAAACGCACCAGGCUGCAAUAUUGCCCCGGCAAACCAAGAUAUAGACUACUUUCUGAACGAAUCUUCAGAAGAAGAUCGCUUCCGGUGCCCAGAAGCUUAUCACGAAGAACUGGGCGAUCUUAUGUUUGGAGGCGAACCCGAGACGACGGGACUCCCUACCGGCCCUAUGUACCGUGUGUCAACCUUCCGGAACGCAGUCAGGGACGCACAGGUCCUGGCUGACCAUAACACUAGGUAUCUUGAGAAUGCGUACCAACACACGGUCGGACCGGGUCUUCUUGUUGCCAACUCCAUUUUCCGGUACGAUAACGUUCAGUGGAAUGAAAUCGCCAGGGCUGUGUAUACAGUGGACUACCCCAUGGACACUUUGAAGUAUAUUAUGUUUACCCACGUCGUCAAUGAGCGGACUGCAGCGUAUAUCAGGCGUACACUCUACCCCAGACGUGGACGCUACAUAGAUUCUACGGACGGCGACGCAUGCGAAAAGCUCGAACGUGGCACUACUGAGUAUUACGAAUUCCUCGGUACAACGUUGGGCAAAGCAGCUGCCAUCCUUCUCAUCUCAGCCCUCCCCAGAGUACCUGGUCAGUUUUGGUAG